AUUCAUCUAUCUCUUAACUUUUACGAAGGCUUUCCGCCUAGUGUCUGUCCAGAAUCACAUUUAGCCAUGAACUUGGUUGGGUUCAUCGGCUGUGAUGUGUGCUUAUGAUCACCAGUCACCAGAGGGCAGUGCCCAGCCAAUCAGCUGUCGCGCCAUGUGAUCGUAUGAGCACCUUCACUCGAUUGCUGGCGAGGAGAGUGGAUUUGCUGCGCCCGUGUCAAACAGUGCCACGAAUUCACCAGUUGGAUCGCAACCUCUGCACAAGCACCAUGAGCGGCAACAAGUUCGACCUGCCAAAGCGCUACCGCGGCAGCACAGAGAGCGUCUGGGUUGAGUACAUUCAGCUGGCGCUGCAGUACAAGCCGCUGAAUCUGGGCCAGGGCUUCCCGGACUAUCCACCGCCCUCGUAUGUUACGGAGGCCCUGCAAACGGUCGCGUCGUCGAACCCCAUGCUGAUGCAGUACACGCGCGGAUUCGGGCAUCCCAGGCUCGUGACGCAGCUCAAGAAGCUCUACUCGGGGCUCGUGGGCAGGGACCUGAACGAGCAGACGGAGGUGCUGGUGACUGUGGGCGCCUACGAGGCUCUCUUCUGCAUCAUGCAAGGACACGUGGAUGACGGGGACGAGGUGAUCAUCAUCGAGCCUUUCUUCGACUGCUACGAGCCCAUGGUGAAGGCCGCGGGAGGCAUUCCCCGAUUCAUUCCACUGAAACCGAAGACGACUGGCGGAGAAAUCAGCGCUGGCGAUUGGGUGCUGGAUGAGAAGGAGCUGGAAUCCCUGUUCAACAGCAAGACAAAGGCCAUCAUCCUCAACACACCGCAUAAUCCGCUGGGCAAGGUGUUCAGCCGCCAGGAGCUGGAGGUGAUUGCGAACCUGUGCAAGAAAUGGAACGUCCUGUGCGUGGCGGAUGAGGUGUACGAGUGGAUGGUGUUCAAGCCGUACGAGCACAUCCGGAUCUGCACGCUGCCCGGGAUGUGGGAGCGCACGCUGACGGUGGGAUCGGCCGGGAAGACCUUCUCGGUGACGGGCUGGAAGCUGGGCUGGGCCUAUGGGCCGGCGAAUUUGAUGAAGAACAUCCAGAUGGUGCACCAGAACUGCGUUUACACGUGCUCAACGCCCAUCCAAGAGGCUGUGGCGCUGGGAUUCGAGAAGGAGUUGGCCAGGAUGGAGUCCCCAGAGUCGUACUUUCACUCCAUCAAGGGCGAACUGCAGACCAAGAGGGACUACAUGGCGCAGUUCCUGAAAGAGGUCGGGAUGCACCCGACACUGCCGCAGGGAGGGUACUUCAUGAUCGCCGACUGGUCGCCUCUGGUGGACAAGGUGGACAUGGCGAGCGAGAGUGAUGCCCAGAAGGACUAUCGCUUCACCAAGUGGAUGACGAAGAAGGUGGGCUUGCAAGGCAUCCCGCCAUCGGCUUUCUACAGCGUGCCAAACAAGCCCCUCGGCGAGAACUUCGUCCGCUACUGCUACUUCAAGAAGGACGAGAACCUCGCCAAGGCGGCCGAGAUCCUGCGCACGUGGCAACAGCACAAACUGUGAAUCCCAGGAAAGCC